AUGCCACUUAGCUCCUCAGCCAAACGGCGGUCUUUGCGUUACAAGCAAUCCAACACAUCAAAUGUAGCAGAACGUAGCGCCUCACCCAAGCCAGCGAGCGAAGUGCACAUUUCUACACCCCAACAAUCACAACAGCAACAACAAAACCAACAACAAAUGCAGCAGCAACAAGCAGCAUUAAAAAGUAGCAUCUGCAGUUGGCAGCCAAAGCCGGCGACAGCAGCAAAUUGCAGCGAACAUGAAAAGCAUUUUCAGCAUUAUUGGCUAAUUAUUUUAAGUAACUGCAAGACAGGCAGCCAACCGCGACCAACAACAACAACAACAACAACAACGACAACGACGCAAAAAGCCAACACCAACACGACACAACAUGUGUUUGUGCAAUUUAAGACGCUGAAUUAUGGCUGA